GGGGGGGGGGGGAGCCUCUCCCGGCCCUCUAUCGUGCGCUCUCCCCGCGCGCCUGGCUGCCAGCUUCAGGUACAGGACGGUGGGGUGGGGCCCGGCGGGCGGGUCCUGGGGUUCGGGGCCCCGACUCCACUGCCGCCCGGCCCCCAGGUCGCCGGAGGACCCCAGCGUCCGGGCUCCGGGCACCCGCACCAUGAGGCCGCUCCUCGCCCUGCUGCUCCUGGGCCUGGCGUCCGGCUCGCCCCCGCUGGACGACAACAAGAUUCCCAGCCUGUGCCCGGGCCAUCCCGGCCUCCCCGGCACCCCGGGCCACCACGGCAGCCAGGGCCUGCCGGGCCGCGACGGCCGCGACGGCCGCGACGGCGCGCCCGGAGCCGCGGGGGAGAGAGGCGAGGGCGGGCGGCCGGGACUUCCCGGGCCGCGGGGGGAGCCGGGGCCUCGAGGAGACGCCGGGCCCGCGGGGGCCCCCGGGCCGGCGGGCGAGUGCGCGGUGCCCCCGCGCUCCGCCUUCAGCGCCAAGCGCACCGAGAGCCGCGCGCCGCCGCCCGCCGACGCGCCGCUCCCCUUCGACCGCGUGCUGCUCAACGAGCAGGGCCACUACGACGCCGCCAGCGGCAAGUUCACCUGCCGGGUGCCCGGCGUCUACUACUUCGCCGUCCACGCCACCGUCUACCGGGCCAGCCUGCAGUUCGACCUGGUCAAGAACGGCGAGUCGGUCGCCUCCUUCUUCCAGUUUUUUGGGGGGUGGCCCAAGCCGGCCUCGCUGUCGGGCGGCGCCAUGGUGAGGCUGGAGCCCGAGGACCAGGUGUGGGUGCAGGUGGGCGUGGGCGACUACGUGGGCAUCUACGCCAGCGUCAAGACGGACAGCACCUUCUCCGGGUUCCUGGUCUACUCCGACUGGCACAGCUCCCCCGUCUUCGCGUAGCGCCCCCCCCCCCGGGGCCGCCCCGACACCAGGAGGGCUGGACCCCCUGGAGCACGGCGGGUGACUGGGGAAGGGGGGCGCCGGCGGGCAAGGACCAGGCGGAGGCCGUCCAGGGGUCAGGAAAGCAGCACGGGGCGGGGCGGGGGGGGGGCAGCCGCUGGAUUUCUGCCCAAGACCAAAGCAGCCGCGCUGGAGCAGCCGAUGCAGGGCCCCUGCCCCCCCCCACCCCUCAUCGUCUCUGGCUUAGACCCCCAAAGUGGGGUGGCGUCUUCCUGCCUCUCUGAGCCCUCCUCCAUCCCUCCUCCUCCUCCUCCCCCUCCUCCUCCUCCUCGCAGGGCCAGCCCUUUUCUCAGAGGUCACUCAAUAAA